GGCUUGCUCAGCUUCACACUAUCGGAGAGCGGUAGAUGUUUCUCAUUCACACCCACCUCCGUCUGUAUAUCACGAGGGUUGUCUGAUACCAUGUCUAAUGCACAGAACAAUGAGUCUGGAGUAGGGGGAAAUUCAGGAACUAGCCAAUUCAGACGGACAAUCCUGGAGUUUCUAGCAGGCCAUACGGCAGACCAAGAUGAUAUGUUUGUCAUCGAUGCAGAUACUGGCAAUGGUCAAGUCCGUAUAUCUGCGACUGAUUUGCUUCGCUAUCUUACCGCGAGCCAAGCGGACGACGAGGACGAUGAGGACGAUGAUGAAUACCACCAGGAAGAUGAUGACGACGACGACGACGAACUCUUUCGCAUUGCCCCCAGAGAACGAGCGCAUUAUGGGCCGUUGUUUGAGCCCGUCACCGAACCCAAAGAAGAAGGUCUUGCCCUCCUCAUGGGUGGAGAGUUUGGACGGGUCGGACAUCAGUACAGUUCGAGGGACGGUGAUAAUAGCUUUGCAAAGACACUUCUCAACAGAGGUAGUCGAUUACGCCCUGUCUAUCGAGAAGACGUGGCCAGUGAAAUGAUACCAAAUUCGAAUGGUGUUGCUGUCGCACGGUAUUCAGCAAACGCUUAUGUUGGCCAGUACUCCUCAGAUUCUUCAUUCUACUACACAUGUGUUCGAGAUUUCCGCUUGCAUAUCUAUGAUACUACCGCUCCGGUUGAGCCUACAGACGAUGCUUCCGCACGGAGGUCCCCAGGACACUUGACUACAAUGAAGGUUAUCAAAGACAUCCAAGCUCAUGCAGACAAUUGGACUAUCACGGACUCUCACCUAAGUCCUGAUAACCAGAGGAUGAUAUACGCCACAGUCUCGAACAACGUCUACAUGACGUCAACGCUAGACUCAUCAACCGAACAUAGAGCUAUCAACUUCUCAGACAACACGUCAAGGCGGCCUCGACGCUCGUUGCGUUACGAUGAUGACGAUUAUUAUGGUAUCUGGAGUUGCAAGUUCUCUGCAGAUGGCAACGAAAUCGUAGCAGGCGGUCGAUCGCAUAUUUUCGUGUAUGACCUCCUCGAGGAUAGGCGGACCGUGAAAAUUCCAGCUCAUGAGGAUGACAUUAAUAGUUGUUGCUGGGCUGAUACUGCUGGAAAUGUUCUUGUCAGUGCCUCAGAUGAUAGUUUCCUCAAAGUCUGGGAUCGACGGUCACUAGGUUCUUCUCGAGAACCGUCGGGCGUUUUGAUCGGUCAUACUGAGGGCAUCACGUACGUCUCUGCGAAGGGUGACGGUCGUUACGUUAUUUCGAAUGGGAAAGAUCAAGUAUUACGGUUAUGGGACUUACGAAGUAUGCGAAGUAAUCUCGACUAUGAACAAGCAAAGAGAACACCUUGUGGGAUCCCUCACUUUGAUUACAGGACACAUCGAUAUCCACGUCCUAGACAUAAGGCACAUCCUCUUGACUGCUCGGUCAUGCAAUAUACGGGACAUGAAGUGCUUCGAACAUUGAUACGUUGUCACUUUAGUCCUGCUGAAACCACCGGAUCUCAGUACAUCUACUCGGGCAGUGCCGAUGGGCAGAUCCAUAUAUGGUCGCUGGAUGGACAAGUGGUACAAACAUUGGACCGCUCCUCUACGCAACCCAUGAUAUUUGACCCAUCGGGGCCGGAACCAGAACCGACGGCUCAUCCACCCAAGAGGAUAACCGUUCGUGACGUCAGUUGGCAUUCGCAGCAACCUGUCUUGAUGAGUGCUGGAUGGCUCAGUGACGGCUGGGAUAGUCGCGAAGGGAGUGUCAUUGCACGGCACGAGUGGAAAGGUCUGUCAAAGAUGCGGUAUAAUCUUAAGGAUUACGUCGAGAAACAGAAGUCUGAACGCUCUGAACGAGCGAACAGGAGAGCCGGCCUGAGAGAGGCGGAGUACUCUAUGCCGGGUACUUUCACAGAUUCGGAUGUUGAUUGGGAUGAUGGUGACGACGAUGAUAUGUAAACGACCACGAUUUGGGUUGGAUUGUACGGAUUGGAUUGUGUACCAUUAGUGAGUGCUAGAUCAUGUUGUUCUCGGACCCUUUCCCUUCUGGCUUACAUGUUCGAAGUUGAGAAUAUGUGGACUAAGCUUUGGAAUUGAGGCGAACAUACUUACUGCUUCGCACCGAUCAACAGUUUGACGGUACACAUAAACGCUGAGCAGCAGGUUUAGGAGACACUUCCUUGCUUUCCGGCUACAUCUAACGAUCUUGUUAACAAACCUCCUCCAUCCUUCAAUGUUUACGCAAUUCAGAUAUACAACAGAUAUUUCUUUCAACAAGAGGGCUCGAAGUUCAGUGGAUGC